AUGACUAUAAAAAAUAAAAAGACUAAAUCUGGUACGUCCGAGGUGACGUCUAAAAGUGCCUCCACCAGCGUGCAGAAGUCUAGCACGUCCACAUCUGUCCAGAAGAGUAGCAACACCUUACAGAAGGUGACUUCAUCCGGCAAGAAGGUACGCUACAUCGAUGUGAAGGUUGAGGAAGAUGACCCGCUGAUGAUUACAGAUAUCAGCGAUCAUACAUCUGUGAGCGGUUCUACAAUAUCAGAACACUACAAUAGCCACCCCCACUAUAUUAUUACGGAGGCUCCUUCUAUGUCCGAUCUGUCUCAGGCGAGAACAUCACAAGAACAUCAUGUAAGCGACAUGGCUCAGUCCACCUCCGGUGAGUUUGUUUCGAGCUCAGUUUUGCAAUCUUCUUCAACAUCACAACAGCAAACGUCGAAAAGUGAAACUUACCAGUCAUCGUCAACUUCAAUCCAACAUUCAGAUUCUAGCCAUAGCCAGACUUUCGAUAGAACCGUUGAUUCUUCAACCGCGAAUCAGACUUUGAACACUGCGUUUAUUGACAGUUCAGGUCACCAACAUACUGACUCCAGGAACUCAUUCCUAUCUAGAUCUCAGGGCGCUAACGCCACCGACUCGUUUAUUCAAUCGGAACGUCAAAAUUUAUCAAAAACUCAAUCCGGAUACAACUCUAAUGUAAGUCAAGACUCGUCUACCAGCAACGUGAAUGUUCGCGAGAAUGAACGCUAUGUCAACGUGCCAUCUGGAUCCAACACCGUAAAUACCACUAAAUCGGGUCCUAAUAAUUUAUAUGGAGGAGAUGGCACCAUUGAUAGAAAUACCAACACAAAAGAAUAUACCAACACUUCACAUUCCAGUCAAUCAAAAAGUAGUAAUGUUACUAAGUCAUCUUCUUCGUCAUACGUUGUCGAAAUCGUUGAUGGAAAGGAACGAAUUGUUGAUAGCUCUAAGAGAGAAUGGGGUGACGCAAAAGAACAUGCUACAAAUGAACAAUAUGCUAGUAUCAGUGGAACAGACAUAAAACCUGAGUCUGUUUACAGUUCUCAAAAUUACGAUAUGAAAUCAAAAUACGACACAGGAAAAGAUGGAGCCCGUCCCAUUAAUGAAAUGACAAUAAGAGAAGACUCUAAAUUAGUUAAAGACGGAAAACAAGUAACUAGUCACGAAAGCAGCAUAUCUCAAAAAGGUGAUUCGAUACAACAAAAUUAUUUAUCAACACAAGAACAGAUUGAUUCUAGAGAUCAUUUACAGAGUAAUGUUUCGGAUAAUAUGCGCACAAUACAAUCAAAUAAUCAAAAUAUACAUUCUAAUACGACUACACAAAACGACAACAUACAAUCUUCGUCAACAUACCGAAAUGUAGAUCAGAGAGAUGUUAGAGAAAACAUAACAUCUCGUCAUGAGACUACAAAUAAUCAAAUUACUACAAAGCGUGAUAUGAAUAAAACAGAUUCGUCAAACUUUUAUGGUUACGACGCUACUAUCCAAGACCAGCUUAGGAAGGUAGGAGAUAUCCUGCAAGUCCCAAAAACAGAACACAUAAACUAUUCUACAAAAAUAUUGAAAAGCAAUACUAGCAGUGCACAACAAGCAUCUUCAUCAUCUUAUGUAUUUGAAGUGGUGGACGGACAACAAAGAGUGGUUGAUAGCGCGCACAGAGAAUGGGGUGACAGUAAGGAUCACUCGACGUAUGAAAAAAGUCAUAAUAUAAGCGGAACCGGGAUAAAACCCGAACACGAAUAUUCAAGGCAUGUUUUAGAUAAAGAGUCGUAUUAUGAUACUGGUAAAGAUGGUAUUCCUAAAAGUGCUACACAAAUAGCUGAAGAGUCAGCGGUAUACAAAAAUGGUAUUGAAAUAGCCUCCAAGAAAAAUGUUUAUUCCAGUGAUUUAACUAAAAAGCCUGCCAUUACUGAACAUCCAACUGAUACAGGAGAUGUACAAAUGAGAUCGCUGGUUAAUCAACCAAACACUGAUUACAGCAAUAUUCGUAAAGACCAAUCAAGAGAUGUUACGUCACACACUCAAGAUUCUAAUGAUAUAAGAAAGACAACUGAGCUUAUUACAAGUGAAAGGAAGAAUGUUUCAGAAGAAACCACAUCAAAGAGUACCAGCGAAACAAAAGAUACUCUAACUACAUAUGAAAGGAGUACGGGCACUUGGAAUGGAAAAUUUACAUAUGAAAAUGAUGAUGACAGACCAAAACGUCCGAAACAAGUGUCACCAUUCGGUAGACCAGAACAGCCUCGUCACCAUUUAAAACGUCAAGACACUGAAGAGAAUAUAAUAUUGUCAUCAAGAGACAUUAAAGAUUUUACGUCCAUCAGCGAUUUGCGCAAGAUUAUAGAAACCUCACAGACAAAUAAAGACGUUACUGUGAGUAACAAGAAUAUUGUAAUAAGAAGAAACAUCGACGACAGAGUUUUGAAAGAAAUUAUUGACACCGUAAAAAAAUACCCCUUCAAACGAAUUGAUAAGGUGACUUUCGGAACAAGGGUAAAAGAGGAUGUCAAAGAUCUUUAUGAAGGCAUCGAUACUGAAGAUACAACCGUUUUGACUACAACAACAGGAGAGAAAGUUAAGAAAUCAUUUGAAGUCGAUAAAACUCGAAGUCAAAUCGAAGUAACGCGUUACAUAACGGAGAAUGGAAUCACGAGAAAAGAAACUACAUAUGAAGACGCGAAAGACGACGAAAAAAUCAAAACGAACGUUUUCGUCGACAACAGCUCGUUAGACAUCAGAAACUUGAAGGAUGUCCACACAACGAAUAUACAGGAAUACGACGUGGUAGACCAUGCCAUUACUGAUACCACAAGAGAAGAUAUCGUCAGCACUGUUUACGAUGAGACCAUUAUCGAUAAUAGGAAAACAGUGCGUGAUGAUAAAACAACGAUCCACGAGACGGUCCACAGAGAUGAAACAAGACCGAGACCCGGUGGUCCUAGGAAGCCGGAGAAGACUUGCAAGGAGCAGUGCAUCUGUGAAAUAUGCACCUGUGGGCGUCACCGUUGCCCACACAACGAUGUCCCGGAGCCAUUGUUCGAUGUGGAGCACACCACGAGCGUGGUCUCCGCGUACAAACAAGAUUACGACGAAAAGCACGUUAGCAGAACCACAGCCGUUCACCACGAAGACCAUUUAUAUCUGGAAGGCGAUUUCGAAGAACCGGAACGUCCAAAAUGGCAACCGACUGAAAGACGCCAACCUACUAAGCCGGAAGAUAACCUCAAACCUGAAGGUGAUUUUGAAAAGAGGCAACCGGAAGAAUGGCGACCUGGUGACAGAGCACCAACACGGCGCCCUGAGGACAACCUGCGACCCGAAGGGGAAUUUUCCACUCCUCAAAAAGAACAGUGGCGGCCGGCAGAACGUCAACAGGCUAAAAAGCCUGCAGAUAAUCUGAGACCUGAAGGCGAUUUCGAAAAACGUAAACCUGAUGAAUGGCGUCCAGGUGAUCGCGCUCCAGUGAAACGGCCCGAAGACAAUUUGAAACCAGAGGGUGAGUUUGAAAAAAGAAAACCUGAAGAAUGGCGACCGGGAGACAGGGCACCUGUUCGUAAACCGGAAGACAAUUUGAAGCCAGAAGGAGAUUUUGAGGAUAGAAGGCCUGAAAAAUGGCAGCCUGGGGACAGAGCACCAAUAAAACGCCCCGAAGACAACUUGAAACCAGAAGGCGAUUUUGAGAAAAGGCGCCCAGAAGAAUGGCGGCCCGGUGAUAGAGCACCAAUACGGCGCCCCGAGGACAACCUGAGGCCCGAAGGGGAAUUCACAACCCCGGAAAAAGAACAGUGGAAGCCGGCAGAACGUCAACGUCCUAAAAAGCCCGAAGAUAAUCUAAAACCUGAAGGCGAUUUCGAAAAACGUAAACCUGAUGAAUGGCGUCCAGGUGAUCGCGCUCCAGUAAAAAGGCCUGAAGACAAUUUAAAACCAGAAGAUAAGGCGCCCAGAAGAAGGCGGCCCGGUGAUAGAGCACCAAUACGGCGCCCCGAGGACAACUUGGAGGCCCCGAAAAGGAAGCUGGGGAAAUUUCACACCCCAAAAAAGGAAGCUUGGCGACCAGCUGAACGCCAGAAACCCAAAAAACCUGAAGAUAACUUGUAUCCAGAAGGCGAAUUUGAAAAACGUAGACCGGAAGAUUGGCGGCCUGGUGAAAGGGCGCCAGUCAAACGACCAGAAGAUAAUUUAAGACCAGAAGGAGACUUUGAGGAUAGAAGACCAGAAAAAUGGCAACCGGGUGAUAGAGCUCCAAUAAAGCGCCCUGAAGAUAACUUAAAACCAGAAGGUGAAUUUGAAAAAAGACGCCCAGAAGAAUGGCGGCCGGCUGACCGCCAAAAGCCAAAACGCCCUGAAGAUAAUUUAUUCCCUGAAGGAGAAUUUGAAGAUAGACGGCCUGAAACAUGGAAACCAGGAAACAGAGCACCGGUAAAGCGUCCUGAAGAUAAUUUGAGACCUGAGGGUGAAUUCGAAAAAAGGCGUCCUGAGAAAUGGAGCCCCGGUGAUAGAGCUCCAAUUCGACGACCUGAAGAUAAUCUCAAACCAGAGGGUGAAUUCACAACUCCUGAAAAAGAACCUUGGCGACCAGCUGAGCGUCAAAAACCUAAAAAACCUGAGGACAAUUUGUACCCUGAAGGAGAAUUUGAAAAACGUAGACCGGAAGAUUGGCGUCCUGGUGAAAGGGCGCCAGUCAAACGACCAGAAGAUAAUUUAAGACCAGAAGGAGACUUUGAGGAUAGAAGACCAGAAAAAUGGCAACCGGGUGAUAGAGCUCCAAUAAAGCGCCCUGAAGAUAACUUAAAACCAGAAGGUGAAUUUGAAAAAAGACGCCCAGAAGAAUGGCGGCCGGCUGACCGCCAAAAGCCAAAACGCCCUGAAGAUAAUUUAUUCCCUGAAGGAGAAUUUGAAGAUAGACGGCCUGAAACAUGGAAACCAGGAGACAGAGCACCGGUAAAGCGUCCUGAAGAUAAUUUGAGACCUGAGGGUGAAUUCGAAAAAAGGCGUCCUGAGAAAUGGAGCCCCGGUGAUAGAGCUCCAAUUCGACGACCUGAAGAUAAUCUCAAACCAGAGGGUGAAUUCACAACUCCUGAAAAAGAACCUUGGCGACCAGCUGAACGUCAAAAACCUAAAAAACCAGAAGACAAUUUGCAUCCUGAAGGAGAAUUCGAAAGGCAUACACCUGAAGAAUGGCGUCCGGGCGAUAGAGCUCCCACUCGCCGACCUGAAGAUAAUCUUAAACCGGAAGGUGAAUUUACUACUCCUGAGAAACAACCAUGGCGUCCCGCUGAACGUCAAAGGCCUAAGAAACCUGAAGACAAUUUGUUCCCUGAAGGUGACUUCGAAGACAGAAAACCAGAAGAAUGGAAACCAGGUGACAGAGCACCCGUCAAGCGGCCUGAAGAUAAUUUAAAACCUGAGGGUGAAUUCACAACUCCAGAAAAACAACAAUGGCGUCCAGCCGAUCGCGUAGUGCCCAAGAAACCCGAGGAUAAUUUAAAACCUGAGGGUGAUUUUGAAAAACGUAAACCUGAAGAUUGGCAACCUGGAGAUAGAGCGCCAACACGCAAACCACAAGAUAAUCUGAAACCUGAGGGUGAAUUCACUACGCCAGAAAAAGAAAAAUGGCGACCUGCUGAACGUCAAAAGCCUAAGAAGCCACAAGACAAUUUGAAACCGGAAGGUGAUUUCGAAGAUAGAAAGAUUGAAGAAUGGAGUCCAGGUGAAAGAGCUCCUGUACGCCGACCUAAAGAUAAUCUAAAACCGGAAGGUGAAUUUACAACACCAGAAAAAGAAAAAUGGCAACCAGCAGAGAGGCCAAUCCAAAAAAGACCAGUAGACAAUCUAAAACCCGAAGGUGAUUUUACUACCAUGAGAUCCAUAACAGAAGAUUAUAAAGUAGUAAUCGGGGAAAGGGCUGAAAUCAUCAAACGUACGGACAAUAUCAUCACUGAAGGUGAAUUCACAGAUACUACUACUUCGCGAAGUGAAUACACAAUAAAGCCAGUUGAAAGACCUAAACCUGUACGUAGGAACACUUGGACUAAACUAGAAGGUGAUAUGACAACAGAAACAACAUCGCAGUCAGAGUUUGUUGACUUUACGGAUACAGUUGAGAGAACAACAUUAGUUACAAAGAAAGUUGAUAAUUUAAUUUACGACGGUGAUAUAGAAUUUGUGACAUCGAAUCAAACGGAUUACACCGAAAAGAACACAGUUGUAGACCGUCCUCGCAGACGGCGCACAUGGACUAAAGAAGAUAUUGAAAAAUUCUAUUCAACAGAGAAUUCGGAGACUAUUACUACUACCCAAGAAGAAUAUAAAAUGUAUAGUCAAACAUUAGAAGAGAGACCACAAGGUAAAAAACCCAAAGAUAAUCUCGCACCGGAAGGGGAAUUCACAACACCAUUAAAGGAAGAUUGGCAGCCCGCGGAACGUGUAAAGCCUAAGAAGCCUGUUGAUAAUUUGUACCCAGAAGGUGAUUUCACUACACCAGAAAAAGAACAUUGGUUUCCGGCUGAGCGCCCUACUCAAAAGAAGCCUAAGGAUAAUUUAAAACCUGAAGGCGAUUUUGAGAAACCACAUCACGAGAAAUGGCAGCCAGCUGAAAGGCCUGUACAAAUAAAACCAAAGGAUAAUCUGAAGCCGGAGGGUGACUUCGAACAACCAAAACCAGAGCAAUGGAGACCUGCAGAAAGACAGACACUUAAGAAACCUAAGGAUAACUUAAAGCCCGAAGGCAAUUUCGAACAACCAAUUCACGAGCAAUGGCGACCCGCUGACAGACCUGUUCAGAGAAAGCCAAAGGAUAAUCUAAAGCCAGAGGGUGAUUUCGAACAACCAAAAACAGAGGAAUGGAGACCCGCGGAAAGACAGACUCCCAAGAAACCUAAGGAUAACUUGAUGCCCGAAGGUGAUUUUGAACAACCUAAACAAACAGAGUGGCGCCCAGCUGAACGAGUCACUCCAACGAAACCAAGAGAUAAUCUAAGGCCAGAGGGUGACUUUGAACAACCAAAAACAGAGGAAUGGAGACCCGCGGAAAGGCAGACUCCCAAGAAACCUAAGGAUAACUUGAUGCCCGAAGGUGAUUUUGAACAACCUAAACAAACAGAGUGGCGCCCAGCUGAACGAGUCACUCCAACGAAACCAAGAGAUAAUCUAAGGCCAGAGGGUGACUUUGAACAACCAAAAACAGAGCAAUGGAGACCCGCGGAAAGACAGACUCCUAAAAAACCUAAAGAUAACCUAAAACCGGAAGGUGAUUUCGAACAACCAAUUCAAGAAGAAUGGCGACCCGCUGAAAGACCUGUUCAGAGAAAGCCGAAGGAUAAUCUGAAGCCAGAGGGUGACUUUGAACAACCAAAACCAGAGGAAUGGAGACCCGCGGAAAGACAGACUCCCAAGAAACCUAAGGAUAACUUAAAACCCGAAGGUGAUUUCGAACAACCAAUUCAAGAAGAAUGGCGACCCGCUGACAGACCUGUUCAGAGAAAGCCAAAGGAUAAUCUAAAGCCAGAGGGUGAUUUCGAACAACCAAAAACAGAGGAAUGGAGACCCGCGGAAAGACAGACUCCCAAGAAACCUAAGGAUAACUUGAUGCCCGAAGGAGAUUUUGAACAACCUAAACAAACAGAGUGGCGCCCAGCUGAACGAGUCACUCCAACGAAACCAAAAGAUAAUCUAAGGCCAGAGGGUGACUUUGAACAACCAAAGCCAGAGCAAUGGAGACCCGCGGAAAGGCAGACUCCUAAGAAACCAAAGGAUAACUUAAAACCCGAAGGUGAUUUCGAACAACCAAUUCAAGAGCAAUGGCGACCCGCUGAAAGACCUGUUCAGAGAAAGCCACAGGAUAAUCUAAAGCCAGAGGGUGAUUUCGAACAACCAAAAACAGAGGAAUGGAGACCCGCGGAAAGACAGACUCCCAAAAAACCUAAGGAUAACUUAAAACCCGAAGGUGAUUUCGAACAACCGAUCCAAGAAGAAUGGCGACCCGCUGAAAGACCAGUUCAAAGAAGACCGAAAGAUAAUCUGAAACCAGAGGGUGACUUUGAACAAGCAAAACCUGAGCAAUGGAGACCCGCGGAAAGACAGACUCCCAAGAAACCUAAGGAUAACUUAAUGCCCGAAGGUGAUUUUGAACAACCGAAACAAACAGAGUGGCGACCAGCUGAACGAGUUACUCCAACGAAACCAAAAGAUAAUCUAAGGCCAGAGGGUGAGUUUGAGCAACCAAAGCCAGAUAAAUGGCGACCCGCGGAAAGGCAGACUCCUAAGAAACCAAAGGAUAAUUUAAAACCCGAAGGUGAUUUUGAGCAACCAAAACAUACAGAGUGGCGCCCAGCUGAACGACCGACUAUUACAAAACCAAGGGAUAAUCUUAAACCUGAGGGGGAGUUCGAAAAACCAAAAGAAGAAUCAUGGAAACCUGCUGAGCGACAAACGCCUAAAAAACCGCAUGAUAAUCUCAAGCCUGAAGGUCGUUUUGAGACGCCUAAAAAGGAACAUUGGAGACCAGCUGAAAAACCCGAAAUUAUAAAACCCAAAGAUAAUUUAAAGACGGAAGGUGAGUUCGAGAAACCAAAACAAGAAGAGUGGAGACCUGCUGAAAGGCAGACUCCUAAGAAACCUCAAGAUAAUUUAAAACCAGAAGGAGAGUUCGAAAAACCAAAAACGGAUAAAUGGCAGCCUGCUGAAAGACCUACACCUAAAAAACCUUUAGAUAAUCUUAAGACUGAAGGCAAUUUUGAACGUCCUGAGAAAUCUAAACCGGCACCUGUUGGUGAGCGGCCCGUUCAAAAGAAACCUAAAGAUAACCUAAAACCAGAAGGUGAUAUGGUAGUCGUUCGGCGAACUGACUACACAGGAACACGUGGAGAUCGAGUAGAUGUUGUCAAACAUGAAGAUCACCUAAAAAUGGAAGGUGUAAUGGAUAUUCGAAGAACAAGAGAUGAUUAUAAACGAAUUGAUAAAACAGAGAAAGUAAUUAUCCAAAAACAUGAAGAUAAUUUACGCACGGAAGGCGAAUUUAUUGACUUACAUAUUCGAAAUGAUUAUAGUGCAACAAAAGGCGAAAGAGCACCUGUGGUGAAACCACAAGAUAAUUUAAAACCAGACGGAAAAUUCUAUAAGCCAGAUGUAGUACCUUCUCAGCCAGCAGAAAGGAGAAAACCAUUUAAACAGGUAGAUAAUCUCAGAAUAGAAGAUAUAGAUUUUCGGCAAAACGUAGACAGAGUUGAUAUUAUACGACGAGAAGAUAAUUUAAAAAUUGAAGGUGAAUUCAUUGACAUGAAACAGAAAAAUGACUACAAAGUAGUAAAAGGUGAACGAUCAGCAAUUGUUAAACAUGAGGAUAAUCUAAAAAUGGAGGGUACUAUGGAAAACAUUCGUUCUUCAGAUACAUAUCGCCUGGUUAAAGGACAAAGAGUGAAACUGACACGUCGUGAAGAUAAUUUAAAAAUUGAAGGAGUUUUUGAAGAUCUUUCUCGCAAAAAUGACUUCAAUCUUAUCAAAACGGAAAAAAGCGCCAUUAUGGGUCCUGAACCACAUCGUGACGAACCAAGAAAACUAACUAAAAUAGAUACAAUCCAUGAUCAUACCGACGUAUCCAAUAAAUCGUCAAAUAUUACAUCCCAAACGCACGUUACUUCUAUCAAAAACUUUGAUAGUGAUAGUAAAAACUAUCACACUCAACAAACUACAAUUGUCACCCCUAGUGGACGUUCAGUGCAGCCUCAAGAUAAGACUAGCCCUCAAUCAAGUCCCAGUAGCCAUCAAACUCAUAACGCACCACUAAAAGAUGACAAUGGAUCGACAAAGCCAUCUAGGCCAAAAUGGACCAAACCUACAGCUAACAUAACACCUAGAGAAGAUAUUGAUGAUCAAAGGUGGCAGCCGAAUGAUUUUUCAACACCAAUCAGUCCUAAAGAUCGCGUACAGUAUAUUGAUAAAAGACAAACAUCGCCUAGGGAGACAGAUCGAGCAAGUCCCAUUAGACAACGAGAUCAUGUGUCUUCGGAUAGAACUUAUGUCGAUAAACGACACACGAGUGAUGUGUCAAGACAUGAAUCAUCGCACACAGUGAAUAAGGUAACUUCAAAAACGUCACAAAAUAUAAUCAAUAAUACUGAUAGACGUCAAAUGAAUUCAGAUGAUAUAGAAGUUAAUAGAACUUAUCACAUUCAGGAAGAUAUAAAUCGCGACCGUCAUCAUCAACAAAGACACCAGCAGCAUCACGACCAACAUAAUAUGCAAUUGUCUUCUAAAAAUGAUCAUACAGAUUCUCGUGUCACGAAAACUGUUCAUCGUACCGGAGACAUGAGCUCGAAUGUUACCCAAACUGUUAACAUUAAUGAUAGGCAAAGUAGUGUUGGUCGCACUACAUCAACGAGCUCUAUUGAUCGAAGUAACUUAGAUCGUACGACAAACGUUGUAUCGAAACACCAUGACAAAAACACAACAAAUAAAAUCGAUUCCAGAAACAUUAAAAGUACAACUUCCAGUACUUCAAUGUCGUCAAAAACAAUGAAACAAGUGACCGAAAAGAAAUUAAUUGGAGGCAAAUGGGUUAAUGUUACAAAAAUGAUAGAGGUUAAUAAUACUACAAGUGAUUCUGCAAGGCCGCAUCACCAAGUGGCAACAGACCAAUAUAACAAAACUGGAAAUACAAAUAUUGUUCAGAACAAUAAGAGUACAUCAACAAAUGUGAAUAAUUCCUCAAGUGAAAUUCAAAGAUCUCAGAAACAUCAGCAUAAUAUUACCAAUCGAAACCAGAGUGAUGUGUUAAAUACAACAUACGUUGUAAAGGGUUCGCAAGGCGAAACCGGCAAUGUCAGCAUUCAAAAAGAAAGUGGAAUUUUACAUGAUAGUAAGAAAGAAAACGUACAUUCUUCUAAACAUGUGUCUAAUGUGCAGAACUAUGAAACUACUCAUGUAACAAACAGCACUACCAGUAAUACCAACAAUUCUCAGCGUAUUUCAGGACAUAAUAUCAAUGGAGAUCAAAUUCAAAGAGGACAAAAUACUGUCAACAGUUCUACUAUAACUAGGAAUACUAAUGAUAACUUCCAUCACGGGCAUCAACACAACUAUCAAACUACGAACAUGCAUAGUUCGGACGUUUCAAACACUUCCAGAGAGAGACGUGAACAGAACGUAAGCCACAGUAAUAUUUCUCAUAACUCCGUAAACAGGAGUCACUUAAGCGACAACGUAACUAAAACAAGUGUGGAGUUCCAAAGAGCAAUGCACGGUGGUGAUAAUUCAUCUUCACAUCAAGAUAAUGCAAAUCGGAGCGGAUAUCAUAAACGUACAUCGGACUUCAUAUCCGAUGCCAAUACAAGUAACUCAGUCUUGCAUCGCAAAGGCAUCUCUUCCAACACAGAAGCCUAUCAUAGUACGAGUUCCACAGCGGCUGCCCAACGGAAAAGUAUCAGUAACCUGUCAGAACGUGGAGAUUAUAUAAGUAACUCUAAUCAAAGCACUGACAGAAAGAGUAUCAGCUCUAUGCAUCGAUCGGGAAAGGAUAACACGUCUAUCAACACACAGCAUUCCGAAACAAUUGAUUCGCGUCGUCAGCAACGUAGGGACGGACAAUCCACGAUGGUGACUGAGAGACAACCUCGGGUUAUCGUACACGACAACCUUCGCGUUGGUGGUGAAUUCUAUGGUCAAUCAGAAUCUAGGUACGGUAGCUUCUCAAAGUCAGAAGCCCAGAAAGUUGAGCGUAGCGAACGAGUGGAAAGAGUCGAACGCCAUGCACGUCACGGAAAUACAUCACAUUUCGUUCUAGGCGAUGGUGGUGGAACGAGCUACAAACAAGAGUUUAGAGCCCACGUUCAUGGGACGUGUCCCGCCACACUCUUGGAUUCUUCCAGGACCCCAUACAAACAUUCCCGUGACUCGCGCGAGCAUAAAUUCUAUACAGAGAAAAUAACAGAACGGACGUCCUAA